CGUAAUAUCUAUUGAUAACAAAAUGGAUUGAUUUCCACGGCAGAGCGAUUAUUCCGUCAAGAAAGCUCAUGGAAGAUGGGACUCCCACUGUUUCUUCUACUUUUAUUAGCGAAUUCCAACAGUUCCAGCGGAAAUGUUACAGAUUUACAAUUGGACAUCCACCAGUUCGAAUAUGGCAAAAUUCGCCUCGAAAUGUACCGACUGAACGAAACAAUUGAAACGUUCGCCAAAGAAUGGAAUACCGUGAAAGAAGAUAUGGAGGAGGUAAAACGAGAAAUUUACAAUGGAUUUGUCCUACCCUCGAAAACGCGAGUUAUGACAACUACCGAAAAUUAUUAUUCAGGACAAUCAUAUCAUGGCAAUUCAUAUGCAAGAACCGAACCUUAUGAGUUAAAAGUACGAGACAUGAUGGUAAAUCCAAUUGAAACAUACAUUAAUAAUAUUACAGAAGGAACGAGAAUGCUUCAGAAAAGAAUGGCUGCUGUAAAAUCCCUGGUUGAAUUACAAAUGAAAAUGGGUAAAGACCAUGAAACGACGAAUCAAUGGGCUAUUGAAACCGUUCGCGCUCUCGAGCAAUCUUUAGAGAAACUGGUCAAAAAAUCAAAAGACGGCAUUCAAAUUAUUCAAGAAGUGUGUAAACAAUUUCUAUCAUACAAUUUCCGAGUAAGAAAAGCGGACGAUAUGACGUUCAAAAAUCAGGUCUGCUCCAUGCCGCAAGAGUACUACCAGUUCUUCUGCCAAACCUUACAAACAUUGGAAGAUAAAUCGGGCAAUGAAAAUUAAUAAAAAAGUGUGUGAGGUGAUUAGUGACCGUUAAUCGAUAUUUAUUUAGAAAUCGUGAGAUGCGGUCUGGUGUGUAUAAUAAAAAAUGGUUAAUAUUUAGUAGUUAGUUAGUUAGUUAUUAAUAGUUCUAAUUCAAUGUACGAUCCACUAAAUAUUCUGUAAUAUCUGGAAUAACUUAGUUAAUAAAAUACAUGUUUUUUA